UGCUCCCUCAGAACCCGGAAAACUGCCUCCUCGCUCCUCCGCUGCGCCUGCCGCGGAGGCAAGGCCUGAGAGUCAACCCCCCACAGCCCCUCAGGGCUGCUCUUUUGGGAAGGCGCACAAGCGGCGGCGACCCGGGCCCAGCUUCAUUUCCAGCCGGGUAGGGACAGCCAUUUCCUGUUUGGAAGAGUCUUGCCAGCAGCUUGCCUUCCUUUCUGAGGCCCUAGUUCCAGGAAAGGAGGAGAGUUUGCCACGCUCCAAGGGGAGGGACCCUAAGGAGGCUACCAGCUUGGGCUCUCUCUCCGCUAAAUGUUCAGCUGUGGGUCUCUGCAUCCACUCCCACCAGCUGCUGGAGAAAUCCUUUCUGAUGACAACUGAGCUAGUACACUCCUUGCCCUCUGUCCUGUGGAACAUUUGAAGAGCAAACAAAGGUCAAAAUGUCGAGGUCCACUAAGGAAGGUGAAGAUGCACAUUCCUUUACCAAACCGAGAGCUUCUCCAUCGGAUGUAUGUCCGGCUUCAGAGUCCUGUGUGGAAAAGAAUACAUCCAUGGAUACAAAACUUUCUGAUACGGAUUCAAACUUUGGGGCAUGGGAAAGUGAUUUAGUGACCUGGUCUCAAUCAGCCUACAUUGUACAGGACCAAGUUUCAGAGACCCGGAUGGCAAAGGCUCAGGCUUGGGAGAUCCUUGCUUUGGAGGCUCAGGCAAGAAUUGCCUUACAAUCCAAGCCCAGUAUCACAGAAUUACCAGUGGUGAUGACCGUGAAACAGGAAUCCUCACAGUUGGUGAACAGGAUGAAUACGGAAGACAGUAAGAACUUCCCUCCCCGGCCAUUCUGGUCCAGCAAGACUGAGUACAUCCUGGCCAUCAUGGGCUACUUGAUGAUGCCAUCUGGACUCUUGUGCUUUGUCUCAUACUGGGUUCAUAAAGGAAACUGCAGCUUCUUUAUAGCGUACAUCUUAAUGCUGUUGGGCAUUGGGAUUCCUCUCCUCUUCCUGGAGAUGGCCAUUGGUCAGAGGGCACAGCAGGGCAGUGUGAACCUGUGGAAGAACCUGAGCCCCUGGUUUGGUGGAGUGGGAUACAGCAUGGUUAUGGUGUGCUUCAUCAGAAACACCUACCUGAAUGUGUACAAUUCCUGGAUCCUCUUCUACAUGAGCCACAUAUUCUACUUUGUUGUCCCAUGGGACCAGUGUCCCUUACAAAGGAAUUCCAGUAACUUUGAUCCUGAAUGUGAACAGGCAACAUCCUACACAUACUUUUGGUACCGGCAGACCUUGAAAGCCUCAGACAGAAUUGAGGAUGGAGGGCAACCGUCCUUCAGCCUGGGCAUAUUUCUCUUUCUGGCCUGGUGUCUCAUUUGUGCUUUCAUGGUCAAUGGGAUCAAGUCCAUUGGGAAGGUCCUGUGUGUCUUGAUGCUGGUUCCCUAUUUCAUCAUCAUCUGCUUCCUCAUCCGGACUCUGACAAUGAGCGACACAGAAUAUGGACUUAAACACCUGCUGAUCGUCAAGGUGGCAAGCAUCUCUGACUUAACCAUGUGGUGCCAAGCAGGGAUCCGGGUCUUGUUUGAUAUCGGCCUGGGCUUUGGCCCCAUUGUCUCCUUUUCCUCACACACGCCUGACUUCAACAACUGUCUGGCCGAUGCCUUCUUUAUGGCUCUGUUCAAGAUAAUCACCUUGUUGAUCACCACGCCCUUCCUCCUCUCCAUCCUGGGCUUCUGGGCCACUACAACCACACAUCGCUGCUGUAAGAAGAACAAAGAGAAACUUAUAAUGCUGAUCACCCAGGGGAUUCUGCCUCCUGAGGUGCAGCCCCCUGACCUGAAGGGCAACCCGACCUCCAGCUAUAAUUUCUGGCUCAAUAGCCUCCCUCCACCUUUGAGGAGUGCUGUCCUCAGCAUGGUGCCUGAGUGCAACUUCCAGAAGCAGUUUCUGAAGAUUGAGGAUACCCCUCGCUUCCUGUUCCUGAUCUUCACUGAGGCCAUGUCACUAAUACCUGGGUCUGGCUUCUGGACCGUCCUCUUCUUCCUGUUGCUGCUGGGUCUGGGGUUGUGUGCCAAUCUCAUGUUCAUGCUGGGAAUCAUUUUGACACUCCAGGACACCUUCCCCUUCUGCAGGAGACAGCCGAGGUUGUUCACAGUGUGUGUUUCCAUGACGAUGUUCCUGUGCGGCCUCAUCUUCACCCAACCUUCAGGCAUCUACUACUUUUCCCUGCUGAGUGAAUACUGGGUAGCAGUGCCCAUCAUCAGCAUCAUCAUAUGUGAAACCCUUGCUGUAGCCUGGGCCUAUGGGGCCAAGAGGGUCUAUAGGAGAAGAGCAUGUGCAGACAGAACAGUGGGUAUCCGAAGUCUACAGUGGAGGUUCCUUGCAGACAUGACAGCUCUGCUGAACAGCUCCAUUUUCCCUGGCUGUGACUGGCUGUGGCGCUAUGUGUCUCCAGUGGUGUUGCUAGGCCUAUUAACGUCCAUCCUUGUACAGCUCGUCAAGGGGCCCCUUGUCUACAUGGCCUGGGACUCAAGCACUUCAAAAGAGGUGUCUCGUGUUUUCCCAAAGUGGUCCUUGAUCCUGAUUGCUGGGCUAUCUGUCUUUGUCCUCAUGCCCAUCCCUGCAUACUUUGCAUACUGCCUCACUCUGGGGAUUCCCUUCAGAUCUACAUCAUCCAGUAAGCUACCACAGGAUACCGUAACAGGCCAGCUACAGACUACAAAAGAAGCUUCAAAGGAUAUUCUACAAGGCUACAAAACAAAGUCUUAAUGAGCCUGUCAGCAGAGCCCCCAUCUUCCCUCAUCAGGCCAGACAUCUUACAUCUCUUAUACCAGACCAAAGAGGCAGCUUUGAACAGCAGCUUAAAGUGAUCACCAGCCUGGAUGCCCAGGGCCAAAGAGCUGUGGGGGCUGCUGACUUUGCAGCACACUCCUGGCUGGGCUCUUCCAUUGCCAUACAGUGCCUCCCCAGACACUUGCAUGUGAGUGUUCAGUGCACCCAAGUGGUCCUGCCAGCCCUGCUCCUGAUCUGUGGAUCUCCUGCAGGGUGAAGUGAAGCACGGGGCUGCUGGCCAAUAAAUCAGUCACUGCAGCUCCAGA